AUGUCCGCAUCCACGCCGGAUAUAUGUGGCAUCGACGUGCAGGAGCUUUAUCUCCAUGAUCCAGGCAAUAAACAGGAGCCAGUUGGGUAUGUCCUGUGCUCGGAAAUGGGCAACACAUGCAUGAAAAACGCGUGCAGCUGUCGAAGUGCUGCAUUUGCCGAAGUGAAUGGCAAGACAAAAUAUUUUGGAGUUUGUGUAGUGCUGAACAAAGGGCAAGAUUGUGCCACAAGUGGAGACGAUUACCUCACGUGUGCAGUCAGCUCACAGUCUUCUGAUACCCCUCAACCAGAAUCACAAAAUGAAGCGACAAGUGGUACAACUACCAAAGCGACGAUAGAAAGUAAUCCGACACCUGGUGCAGAUAUCAGUGAAAGUAGUGCUAGUGGUGACAUGGCUAUAUCGAACACCGCUACGUCCGCAGCGUCGAUGAGCACGACCGUAAUGGUAGUUAUCAUCGUCGUCGCUGUUCUAAUUGUGUCACUGAUCUCAUGGUUUGUACGUUCCUACUGCACGCGUCGCUCAUCAACAGACAGAAAGCUUGCCUCAAGACGAGAUCGUAGUAAUCAAAACACUAGCUUUGACGCGACCUCGCCGACUUAUAUGACGGGUAGAUCAUCAGCCACGCCGUCGUUCCCAGCAUUCGAUCCACGGACACGCGGGGCGCAGUCGAAUACAUCUGGCAGUCACGGAGGGCGUGGUGGGCGAAACACACCACGAGCACACGAAACUGUAUCUAGCCGCGGCCGGAAAAAUCAAGACAUUGACGCUCAAUUUGCUCCAGGUGGAAUCCGAGAUGUCCCUAACGAGCCGCAGUCUGGUCGGCGUAAUUUAGAUGCUAACGUACCCUUUCCACCGCUUGGCCAACGACGCGAGCCAAGUUCUGGUCGUGGCGGACGAAAUCCAGACACAGAUGCUUCAUUUCCUCCACUUGGCCCACGCCGCGAACCGAUUUCAGGUCGAGGCAGGCAUAACCCUAGGCUUGACGAUCAGCUUGCUACAGACAUGUUUCGAGGUGCGCAGAGGGAGCCAACCUCGGGACGAUCCCGGCCUGCUUCAAAUAAAGGAGUGGACUCUUCGGGUGGCACAGUAUACGCUGGUCCCAAUACAUUUGAAAGAGCUGCGCAAUUUGCACAAUUAGCAGCUUUUGAGGCCCCUCCUCCGCAUAGACCUCAUAGACCGAUAAAAGCGGUGCCGAUGGCAAAUCCAGUUACAAAGAGUGCUAGAAUACCACCAUCCUCUCAUCCGGUAGAAAACCACCCGAAUUACCACAUUCCUGACGACUCUUCACCCACAGAUUAUGAUAUUUUGUCCCCAAAGACAGCCAGAUCGCUUGCUCCGUCCAUCGCAUCUUCAGCGGCGACUGUUGUUGCAGCCGGACGCAAUCGACCCACCCCUCUUCAACAGAAUCGACGACCGCAGUAUCAAAAAAAUCCACCUUCGUAUUAUCAAUCCGGUAAAAGCCGCGAUGGCAACAAAUAUGCCGAAACGAUGGGGUUGACCGAUAGCACUUUCGACGAUAGCAAAUACGAAGAAAGUGAUUAUGGCGAUAGUCGAUUCGAGGAGAGUGCCUAUGAGAAAAAGUAUAAGGCAACAAGUAAUUACGAGGACUCAUUUGUUAGUGAGGUUAGCUCAAUGGCAUGGUCGAAUGCCUCAGGCCUAAGCGAAGAUGGUUACUACCAUGCAGUGCCGAGCAGUAUGGCUCGCAUCCCCGUCAUAGAGGCACCCCAAGAUGAUGAUGACACGUACAGUACUGAUGGCUAUUCUGACUGGGGCCAACAAUCCGCCAAUGUGUUUAGCAGUACAGCAGGAUCAGACGCAUCGUUUUUUGCAGCAUCAGACGCGUCCUUCUUUUCAGUGAAGUCAGAUUUCAACGAGUCUAAAAGUGAUAUGAAGGAGCGCGAGUUCUAG